AUGCCAUGUCUCAACAACAAGCAAACUUCUCUGGCCCUCGCAAACUCUCCAAAGUUGCAAGUUCCAUGGAUAGUAUCAUCGAACCAGGGCUCGGAGCGAAGACAACCCGAAAACCCGCCAGGGGCCUUCACCGUCAAUCAUUCAACACCCAAGCAACAGAAACUCCCCGUCAUAACGUUUUGGUGUCGUGGCAAUGAGUCAACUUUCAACUUGAUCCUUGUGUGCGUUCCCACAGGCCAGCCAAAAGGCCCUUGGCACGAAAGCGCAUAUUUUACCACCCUAUGCGGUAAGUCACCUUCAUCGCGAAACGCAGAAAAUAGUGUGCUCAUUGAAUUAUGUGCAAGAUGCCGGGGGUAUCAAACUACCACGAGAGUCCAGACUUCCUCUGCUCGCCUUCCGCCUGUCUGCUUUAGUCAUGAUGUGAUCCGCCGAGAUGGCUUGUGUGCGCGUGGUCCACGUCGCCUUGCGCAUGUGCGGCGAUUGGCCGACGCAAACCACCACCUCGAUGCAAAAUGUAAAAGUAACCCCGCGCGCGCAGUUCGUUCCAUGUCGUUCACCCAACCGAAGGGGCAAGGCUGUCGUCGCGCGUCGUCGAGUCCAUCUUCCUUUCCGACUUCGCACCAAAUUUGUCUCAAACUCUGCCCUGCGUGACUUUAUCCCACCCUCUUUGCUCGCACAUCCGACACUGCGCGCCGACGUCGCCGCCGUUGCGCGCCAGCCAAUCAUUCGCCG